CACCACCAUCUCGCACGCGUCUUGGGAGCUUUGCUGGCUUCGGCGGUGGAGACGAAGAAAGAGAGAGUUGUUGCCAUGGCGACAACCGAGGUCAGCAUCCAGAUGGCGGGGGUACUGGACGGCCAGCCGGGGUGUGCUCCGUCCCCCGAACCGCUUCUCCUGCGUGUCCCGUCGCAGGCCGCCGGCGUUUCUUCGAUGGAGGCUGCGGAUGCCGUCGUUUCCGGCGGCAGGACCACCAAGAAAGCGGCCGCGGCUGCUUACGCUGAGACGCCGAGCUCUGUCUCGUUCAGCGUGCCGGGUUCCCCGUCGGGACUCCACCUCGCGCAGAUCGGCAUGCCGCCGUCCGUCCGCGACAACGUGGGCGCCCCUGCGGUGCCGCUGAGCGAGUCGAAGGUCGAGCGGGUUCACCACCCGGCCGUGCCACCGAGCGUGUCGAUGGUCGAGCGGGUUCACCACCCGGCAGUGCCGCAGCUGCUGAAGCAGGCCCGGCACCACUCGCAGCCGUCCUUGGUUGUUAGAGUCGGCGGCGAGGUGCCGGCGGUGCUGCGGAGCGACAGCAUGCGGGAGCGAGACCGGCGGUUUGACCAAUUCAAGACGUUCUCUGGCCGCCUUGAACGACAGCUCUCCAGCCUCCGUGGGGUGCCACAGAACACCGACGUGGAAAAAGGUGCGGCAUCAAAGAUCUCAGAGGAGGACACCGACGAGGACGAUGAAGUGCCCACCGCCGACCGCUACUUCGCCGCGCUCGAAGGACCCGAGCUCGAGACACUUCGGUCGACAGAGGUGGCCGUGUUGCCUAAGGACGAGACAUGGCCGUUCCUGCUCCGAUUCCCCAUCAGCGCCUUUGGGAUGUGCCUUGGCGUGAGCAGCCAGGCCAUGCUCUGGAAGACCCUUGAGUCGGAGCCCUCCACCAAGUUUCUUCACGUGCACCCUGCUACCAACCACGUCCUCUGGUGGAUCUCCGUCGCCCUCAUGGUCGUCGUCUCCAUCACCUACCUUCUAAAAGUCGUUUUCUACUUCGAGGCCGUCCGCCGCGAGUUCCACCACCCCGUGCGCGUCAACUUCUUCUUUGCGCCAUGGAUUGCCUGCCUUUUUCUUGUCAAGGGUGUGCCGCAUCCGGUCUGGGAGAUCCACCACGCCGUCUGGUACUUGCUCAUGGCGCCCAUCCUGUGCCUCGACCUCAAGAUCUAUGGCCAAUGGAUGUCUAGUGGUGAGCGGCGCCUCUCUAAGGUAGCCAACCCAUCCAAUCACCUCGCGAUCGUCGGCAACUUUGUCGGCGCGCUUCUCGGUGCUAGGAUGGGCCUGCGGGAGCUGCCCAUCUUCUUCUUUGCCGUCGGGUUGGCCCACUAUGUCGUGCUAUUCGUCACUCUCUAUCAGCGGCUCCCCACGAACGCGCAACUCCCCAAGGAGCUCCACCCAGUGUUCUUCCUUUUCGUCGCCGCACCUAGCGUUGCUUCCAUGGCAUGGACGAGGAUCUGUGGAGAGUUCAACGAUGGUUCCAAGCUCCUUUACUUCGUCUCGCUAUUCCUCUACGUGUCUCUGGUGGUGCGCAUCAACAUCUUUAGGGGCUUCAAGUUCUCACUGGCAUGGUGGGCGUACACAUUCCCGAUGACGAGUGUGGCCUUGGCGACGGUGUUAUAUGCAUCUGAGGUAGACAACAUGCUGACACGGGCACUAGCGGUCGGGUUGUCAGGGAUUGCCGUUGUCACGGUCACCGGCGUGCUAGCCACCACCAUGUACCACGCCUUCGUGCGGAAGGACCUCUUCCCCAACGAUGUAUCCAUAGCCAUCACGCGACGAAGGCCCAAGUUUAGCAAGAUCCUCGCGCACCUUCGGUCGUCGAGCUCUGAUGUCAAGGAGCUAAUUCUCUCCAUCCCAAAUUUCAGUUCCAAUUCCAAGCAGGGCGCAUGCUGCGAUGACGCCGGCUCCAGCUACAAGACGAGCGGCAGUGUCGGCGAGUCUCCUGUGGCACACGAGCACGGAAGAGCAAAGUGUUAGGAGGUCCAUGCACGACAUGGUGCAUGUAGGCACGGCUAGCUUAUGUUGAUUAGUAGUACUUGUACAGAGUUCUCUGCGUUUUUUCUUCAUUCUUUUUUUUCUUUGUGAACUUGCUGCAGUACAUAGUUGAAGAUUGGGAGUGGUAUCCGUGAGCAAUUUACAUUGCGAUGAUAGUGAUAUAAUUGUCGGGCUUAA